AGGCGGACACGGCAGCGCAGGACGAGCACCGCUGAAAAGCCCGGCGGCACAGGAAGAGAGCCGGGAAACGAGCCGUGAGUGGCCGUCGCAUCGCUCCCCUGCCUCCCCUGUCGAAGAAAUCCGGUUGUUGAGCUGGAGAGGACCGUUCAGAGACACCGGCAUUCAACGCGCACGAGAGGAAGACGAGCCGAGGAGAAGCUGUGAGCGCAGCUGAACAGAAUUAAACUCAAACGGAGGAAUAAUUACAACAGACUGAACUCUGUCCUGUGGAUUAUCACCUUGUUUUUUACCUCCUCUGUUUUUGGGGAAUCAUUCAUUGGAAGUGACGUUAACCUUUUUGGCAGAGAGAAUCGCAGUAAUGUUAGGCUUCGACAUCUGCCUGGUAGAUGAAAGACUGAAGUAGUUUUUCUUCUUUGUGAACCUUUUGACUGCUGAGUUUUUAGCGAGACUCUGGCAGCCGAAGGGGAUUUUUUUUUCCUCUUUGAACUUGCGCAAUCUCUUUCAUUUUCAGUUUUUGCCUGUCUGUUAUCUCUUGCCCUUCUAUCUCCUUUGUCUCACAUAAAAGGAAGAAAAGGGUUUCGAGUCGAGUUUUUCUAACAGGAACUUGAGUAGCAUUUGAAUUCGGCUUUCUCGAGGAGACAAAUCCUGUUUGUGUAGCUGAGUGUCCCUGAGUGUCGACACAGUGACGUGCAUCAGUCCUCAGUAACUGGCCUUGUGUGUCUCUCCUGGAAAAAUGGGGUCAGAAAAGGACUCAGAAUCACCUCACUCCUCUGUGAGUGGCGUCCCCAACCCUAAGUGCCGUGCAGCAGGCAAACGUCAAGGCCGCAUCUCCUUUCACAGCCUCUUCCGCAGCAAACGAGGCUCUCGGAGCACCAGGGGCCCUAAAGCUGGAGCGGGUACCCCUUUGUCCCAUCAUCACCACGCACAGCAACAUCUUCUCCCUUCUGCCUUGAAUUCAGCGGCCGCCGCAGCCUCUGCUACGCCCACGACAACCACCACCACCACCACCACAGCCGCCACAUCACCCCAGGAUGCUGCCUCCAGCACCCCGUCAAAGCCACUCUCCUCCAGCCAGCCAUCCCUGGGUGGAGCCCCCUCCUGUGGGGAGGCCAACCUCCUGGAGUGCCCCCUGUGCCUGGUGCGCCAGCCCGCUGACCAGCUCCCCGAGCUGCUGGGAUGCAGCCACCGCUCCUGCCUCUGCUGCCUGCGACAGUACCUCCGCAUUGAAAUCACAGAGAGUCGAGUCCAGCUCAGCUGCCCCGAGUGCGCCGAGAGACUGGCCCCGCAACAGGUGGCGGACAUUUUAGAUGACGCGGCCCUGCUGGAGAAGUACGAGGAGUUCCUGCUGCGGAGGUGCCUCGCCUCCGAUCCAGACUGCCGAUGGUGCCCAGCGCCUGAUUGCGGAUUUGCGGUCAUCGCCUCGGGCUGUGCCAGCUGUCCCAGGUUGGUGUGUCGCAGGGAAGGCUGCGGUGCCGAGUUCUGCUACCACUGCAAGCAGGCCUGGCAUCCCAACCAGACCUGCGACUCGGCCCGCCAACAGAGGGCGCAGUCCCUGCACACCCACAGCAACCACUCGCCCAGCUACACCCAGGAGCAGGGGCCCGCCGAUGACAUCAAGCCCUGCCCUCGCUGUGGCGCUUACAUCAUCAAGAUGAAUGAUGGGAGCUGCAAUCACAUGACCUGCGCCGUCUGCGGCUGCGAGUUCUGCUGGCUCUGCAUGAAGGAGAUCUCCGACCUGCACUACCUCAGUCCAUCUGGCUGCACAUUCUGGGGGAAGAAGCCUUGGAGCAGGAAGAAGAAGAUUUUGUGGCAGCUGGGCACCCUGAUCGGAGCUCCGGUCGGCAUCACCCUCAUCGCAGGCAUCGCCGUUCCCGCCAUGGUCAUCGGCAUCCCUGUCUACGUCGGCCGCAAGAUCCACGCUCACUACGAGCUGAAGAAGUCGUCUCGCCACAGGAGGAACCUGGCCAUCACAGGAGGCGUCGCCCUGUCCAUCAUCACCGCCCCUGUCAUCGCCGCUGUCAGCGUCGGCAUCGGAGUGCCCAUCAUGUUGGCCUACGUGUACGGCGUGGUGCCCAUUUCUCUGUGCCGAGGGGGAGGCUGCGGCGUCAGCAGAGGGAAGGGACGAGGUGUGCGGAUUGACUUUGAUGAGGACGAUGGUCCAAUCACAGUGGCAGAUGCGUGGCGAGCCCUCAAGUCCCCGAGCCUCGGCGAGAGCAGCCUGGACGGGGCGGUCAGUGGUCUGAGCACCACCUCCCCCAGUGAGGGCCUCUCCGUGGCCCCCGGGGCUCUGGGUGAGACACCACACUUUAACACCCUGGCAGGCGGCGCACUGGGAACCCGCACCAGCAAGUACAGCAGGCUGGAGGUGCAGGCAGGGGAGCUGGCUAAAGAAUCAGCCCAGAGGGAGACAGGCAGCCUGGGAGCAGGCAGCGACUGCGCCAGCACCCGUGGCAUGGCCGGAUCCAUCAUCUCGUCCUACACACUACCUGACAGAGAGUGCACCAACCUGGAGAUCCAGGUGGACAUCGAGACCAAACCCAGCCAUCUCUGCCUGACCAGCGAAGAGGACCUAACCCCGCCCCCGGGCUCUGCUGCCAUGGCGACCGUCUCAGGAGGGGAGGAGCCUCAGGACUGCAGCUCCAGAAGGGGCGGGGCUUUGUCUGGCUCUGCGCUGGGACUGUCGCCGGGAGUGUCAAUCAGGGAGGGACUCCGAGACGUCACCCUGGCUCAGCCCGAGAGCAUCCGCAGUGACCUGGAGAUGUCGGACACUCAGUCAGACGACAUCGCAGAGCUGACGUCUGACGACUGUGACUCGCCACACCCGAAAAGCUGUCACCUGGCAGCCGGCCAGCAGCCCCAGGCCCCUUCCUGUCGAGCCCUGAGCCCCCCCGAAGGCCUUCACUGUCCCGCAGACAGCAACGUCAUCCUCUACGUCUGAGAGAACAUCAGCUCUCAGGAUUGCACAAAAGAACUAAUCAGUCCCACGACAGAUGCUUCGAGCUCUUCUUUACGUCAUAGCUUUUUCUUCGUUUUUUUUUCAUGUCUCAUUUGCUGCUUUUCGAUUCACACACACACACCGUCUUGAACACAGACAGCGUUUGUUUACUUUUGUCUGUCUUGUCUUAUCUACCUGUCAAUCUCUUCACUGAGUGAAUUGUCAGGGUUCUACCUCUGAGAUUUAUAAGAUGAUGAUUUAUGUUUACUCCUUGGUGCAAAAUGCCUUGGCUACUUUAGCAAAAAAAAACAAAACAAAACAAAACAAAAAAAGAAAGAAGUACAAAUUUUCCACAAGAAAUAUUGAAAAA